GCAUCAGUUCUCUUCCUGUAGGUGGGUGUUUGCUACCUGUGUGAAUGAACCGAUUCGACACUGGAACUUAGCAAGCUCAAAUUGUGGGCUUUUAUCGCUGGAGUUAUCACACAGCGAACCCGGACUUAACGAGGACAUGGCUACUGUGGUGACCACGUAGAUAUAUUUGGCGUCUUAUGUUUGUUUGUGUGUAUUUACCUUCGUUAAAAGGAGAAAACAGUCUGUGCUGUCGUUAGCCUGUGCUAACUCGCAUUCAGUUUCGCUCUCCUGCGGUUUCCUGCUCUCGUUUCCGAUCAGGAUUUCAUGCAAGCCCGUCGACAUCAGAUAUUAAGCGUUGAAGGAAUUAAAUUGUGCACUACCACCGACCGUUUUUGCCACUUAACACUUAUGCCAAAGUCAGAGAGGUCUCACUGAUGUUUGUAGCAUGCUAACUGUGUGGCUAGUAAGUGCUAGGUGAAAUUGUUAGCCCUGAAAGAUGUUAGUCAAAAAUAAUUUGAGGAACAUUUAAAUUGCUGUUACGUUUGUUAUUUAUGUAGUUUAGUGUUUGGUUUGGUGCGUGGCAGACUGAUGCAGGCUCAAAAUGAACACUUGGUGUAUGUCUAUGCUAGCGAUGUUGCUCUUUAAUCACAUUUGUUUGCACUCUUAAAAAUAUUAGCACCUCAGUAACAUUUUCCUUGAAGUGUUAUUGGAUAAUAUGUUGUACACUUGCUUCUCUUUACUGUCCUUAUUUGAAUUGAAUAUAGUGUCAAAGCUGCCCGAGGCUAUCUAUGCUAACACAUCUAUGCUAACAUUAGCUUAAGUUGAUAGGAACACUGGUUCAAAGCCAAAUCCAUUGAGACAUUUGUCAUAUCUCCAUUAUUAAGGAAUGACUUUUGCUUACUGAGGGUGCUCAGAUUUGUCCAUCUUUAGUUGAAAAGUUUAUCUACUGCCAUACAGGACAAGCUGAGAUGAUCCUGUGUUUGUUCAGGCCUAGGUAAUAUGGUUAUAAAUGGGGAGACAUCAGCAAAUAAAUAUCUAAUCUCUGUUAUACAUCCUAAUUAUUACAUCAAAAAUCAACUGUGUACAUAUCUUGUGUUUAGAAGUGGAAAGUUUACAGGUUUGUUCUGAAAAACUAGGACACGUUAAAAAAAAAGUUAGGACACAUUAAAUUCUCAGGACUCUGAAGCUGUACACCAUAUUUCUAAUAAGAAACACAAAAGCCUAAAAACACAGUAUGUGGUAUUUUUUUGCAUAUAGACCCAAUGCAGUUCUUUGAUAUAAUACCUGUUGACAUCUCUAAAGUUAGAUUAUAGUCCAUAAGAAAGAACCGUUGGCAAGUCACAGAUAGGAUAAUAAUGACCAUAUUUAAAAUACACAGUUGAUCUUAAGUAUGUCAUCAGAACAGCUUGUUUAUUUAUGGAAUUGUGUUUGUUUAAAGUGCCGGAAAGUUGUAAAGAAACCAAACCAGGCAGUUUUGAUGAUUCCUCAGGAUGAAUGUUUUCACGUAGCCUUUGGGUCGCUGUUGUGCCAAAAAUUCUCGAUGAACUGCACUACAUACAGGGGUCUGCUGGAUGAACAUGUAAAUGGGCGAUUGAUAUUUAAGGAACACAGACCUGAAGUCUUUCUGGAUUGUCUCACUCACUGCUAAUUGUUGGGCAGCCUUUCAGUACACGUUAACGAAAGUCCAUCAUCGAGGGGUUUCCUAUGGAAGUACCGCUCUAGAAACUUUGCCAAGGGAACUUUCAAAACUCAGAGCAUCACAGGCCUGAUUUGUGUUUUUGAGAAACGACAAGAUGGGCUCUCAGGCUCUUCAGAUAUUGCGGCAGGGAGUGUGGGCUUCAUUGACCGGAGGAUGGUAUGUGGACCCUCAUCAGAGUACCUUCUCCAAUUGCUUUCACCUCUACCUCUGGAUAUUCCUCUUGGCCUUCCCAUUUCUUCUGUACAUGGCCCUCCCUCCCAAUUUAUUAGUUGCUGGUGUGUACUGCGCUGUGAUAGCAGCCUUCUUCACAGCCAUAAAAGCAGUCAAUUUCCGACUGCAUACCAUGUUCGACCUGGGUGAGAUUGUGGAGAAGAGGCAGGCCUCGUUUACCACAGACCCCCAGAGAGUGGAAGAAGGAGAAGAAGGUUCUGGAGCUCACGACGGAAGCCAACAUCGAGACAGUGGCGUCGGUGUGGAAAUGACGGUGUUUCGAAAGGUAAACUCCACCCCUCCGGUUCGCUGCAGUUCCCAGCACUCUCUGUUUGGAUUGAACCAGGUGUCGGAAUUUUUACCACACCUUGAAGACCCUGGAGGCUUAAAAGAUAUUAAAGAGAUCAGAAAUAAUGUGAUAGUGACCUCUGCACACAGAGACGUCCUUGGACGCAACUCUCGGGAAAACACUAGUUUGGUGCCAGCCAGCCUGGCUGGGGAUUACAGAGGACUAAUGGUCGGUGAUGUCAUGUCAGCAGGUUUUGUUAGCCUUCGCCCAACAAAUUGUCCCUCCAUCCCCCCAUCCCCAUCAAGCCAGGAAGAUGGAGAUGAGAGAGAACAGGUGGAGAACGGAGAAGUGGAGCAACUAUCUCCGCAGAGCCCUGAUGAGAAAGGGCUAGGUGGCUAUUCUCCCCUCGGACCCUCAGCUGAGUCUGAAAGCCUGGGAGAUGCACCUCUAAGUCCUCUCAUCAAAAGUAGCUUGAGUGAGGAGCUAAGCGAGAAUUUGCUGGGUUUGGGCCUUGAUCCUGUCACUUUUGCACCUGGUGCUGAGCACCCAGGCAGCCGCACAGGGGUGGCUCUGGCUGCAGGCUCCACGGACAGCUGCUUUAGUGGAGGUGGGGUAGCCACAGACAGAGAGACUCUUAGUACAGUCAGUAGCUACCGCAGUGAGAAAACGGAUUCGACCCAGCUUGAGAGCCCCUCACUGGGUCAGGUUCAUCAACAUGUGUCUAAUGCUCCUCCCACAGCUUUACCUCAGGGUAAAGGACAUUAUCAAAAACCAGGAGAUGAGUUACAAGGGGGCAGCGACACGGACGAUCUGUCAGAUAGCGUGCUGCUGCGCUCUCCCUCCAAAGAGCUUUCUUCUGGGCAGGUCCUAGACAGAACUCUGGUGGAAGAAGACCUUCCCCCUUUGCUUACAGACAUUGCGCACCCCACCUUGCAGAACUCGUCACCAUCUAGCAGUGGGCCCUCUGAGACCUGUGAUCUUGAUGGUGGCAUCCCCAUACCCCCUCUGCCACCACCAAGACAGGCCAGCUCUGUACCCUCAGGGUUGGCUCUGGGCUUUGUCUGCUCAGAGCCUGCCCUGCCUGUUUCUGCCCCAUCUUACAUCCUAGCAGAGCCACCAUCUCUGCAAGCGCAGCAGCAGGUGGUGCGACCUAAAGAUCUGAAGCUGUUACGUGCAGGAGGCAGUGUGGGUCACCGCCCUGGUCGUAGAAAAGCUCCUCGCAAACGCGGCUCCGCUGGCAGUAGCAGUUUCGACUGUGGCUCCUAUCGCCGGCACCACAACCGUAGCCAACACAGAGAUUACAUCCCCGUACGCAGUCGGCUGGGUGCCAAAGCCUACAGUGAGAGCUUGUUUGAGGACUCUAGUGAUGAAGAUGAUGGUAGCGACAUGAGUGGCGGAUCUAGCCUGGGUUCUCCACGACGCUUCAGCUCUGGUGACGAAGAUGAUGAUGAAGAUGACGAUUCAAGCUCCUCUACCUCCAGCUACUCUCCUGAUAUGGCAAAUGUUGGCAUUGCUUCCCAACCUGGCCCAAUCCCUCAGCUACCUAGCCCUGGAGAGGGCGAGGAGUCUGAUACCAUUGGUCCCUCUCAUACUCGUAGUGCCCAGCGUUCAGCCAGCACAGCCAGUGCCAAGACUCAUGCCAGAGUGCUCAGCAUGGAUGGGGCUGGUGGAGGUUCCAACAACACUGGGACCCCUGCUUCUACUCUGGUAUCUGUACCCCCUUCUUCCACUCCUGCCCCACGUCCUCUCACCAUCUCUAAAUCAGACCUGGAGGCUCGGACAGUGCACUCAGAAGGUUUCUCCAGGGCCCACCACAGACUUGACUCUCUUGGGGGCUCCUGGGCUGGGAAUCAGACAGGUUGGAGAGCAGGAGAGCUUUUGGAAGAGGGGGCGGUAGGAGGAGCCCCAGAGGAGGGUAGUAAACGUGACUCUGUGAGCAGCGUAAAGAGGACACAGGCCAUUCGGAGGCGACAUAAUGCAGGUAGUAAUCCCACUCCACCCCCUUCUGCCAUGGGCUCUCCUCCUAGUCUUCAGGACCUCCAGAGGGUCCGCACCUCAUCUCACUCCCGAACACGGACGCUCCCCUCUGCCCUUCACUUUGCCGCCUCCUCCCUGCUUCUGCUGCCCCGCAGUGGUGUUCAUGAAGCCUCCACCUUUGAUGACACCUCGGAGGGAGCUGUGCACUACUUUUUUGACGAAAGCGGAGUAAAGAGAUCUUAUACUUUUGGGCCUGCUGGUGGAGGAUACGAGGACCCAGUGCAGGAGCGUGAGCGACAGUCACAGUCCUCCAGCUUCACCUCCACUGAUGUCCAGGAGGUGGCACCGGUGAUGUCCAUGCUGCAGCCUAGACCGGUGGUCCUCCAGGGCAUGCAGGUCCGAAGGGUACCCCUGGACAUGCCAGAGUUUGACCUAGAUCACGAGUCCCCACAUGAAUCUCAAGAGAACACACUGAUGAUCGAGGAGAAGGCCAAGCCUAAACAGUAUUACCGCUUCUGGGUGCUGCCAGGGAAGUGGCUACGAGUUCGCUAUGAUAGGCUAGCAUUGCUAGCCUUACUGGACAGGAACCGGCGCGUGGGGGAGAACGUGUUUGCAGUAGUGUUGGCCAGCUUGGUGGCAUUCCUUGGCUUUCUCCUGCUUCUUCAAGGCUUCUUUAGGGACAUCUGGGUCUUCCAGUUUUGUCUGGUCAUUGCCAGCUGUCAGUACUCUUUACUGAAGAGUGUACAGCCUGAUGCAGCAUCUCCAAUGCAUGGCCACAACUGGAUCAUUGUGUACAGUCGACCGGUGUAUUUCUGCCUGUGUUGCGUGCUGAUCUGGGUGUUUGACCGGGUGGGAAACUGGGACGGUUUGCGGCCUUUUACCCUCUAUGGGGUAACCUUCUUCUCUGCCCUCUUCCUGCAUUGUGCUAGAGACAUGCUUAUAGUGUUCACACUCUGUUUUCCAAUGAUCUUCCUGUUUGGGCUCCUACCUCAGGUCAACACUUUCCUUAUGUGUUUGCUGGAACAGGUGGACAUGCACAUUUUUGGUGGAACUGCCACUACAAGCCCACUGUCAUCAGUCUACAGUCUCUUCCGCAGUGUGUUGGUGGCAGCUCUGGUUUAUGGAUUUUGCCUUGGUGCCAUCAACGCUCCAUGGGGAGAUGCACAUGUGCCAGUGCUGUUCUCUGUGUUCUGCGGUCUCCUCUUAGCAUUGUCCUAUCACCUGAGCAGGCAGAGCAGCGAUCCUACUAUCCUCUGGUCUCUGGUCCGAUCCAAGCUUUUUCCAGAGCUGGAGACCCGAACGCCAGAGGAGCCUCCGCUAGAGAUUAAAGACCCUCUACCAGAGAAACUGCGCAACUCUGUGAAAGAGACACUUCACUCAGACCUGGUCAUGUGUCCUCUAAUGGCCAUCAUUACCUUUGCUAUUAGUGCCAGUACAGUCUUCAUUGCUCUGCAGCCUGCUCUCAGUUUUGUCCUGUACAUCUUGGCCGGAGUGGUGGGGUUGUUCACACACUACCUCCUGCCUCAACUCCGCAAACAGCUGCCCUGGUUCUGCUUGGCCCAUCCUGUGUUGCGCUCCCGAGAGUACAGUCAGUUUGAGGUUCGAGAUGCCGCUCAACUGAUGUGGUUUGAAAAGCUGUACGCUUGGCUGCAGUGCGUGGAGAAAUAUGUCAUUUACCCGGCUGUGGUACUCAACUCCCUGACCACUGAAGCUCACAGUGUCAGCCAAAACCCGGAUAAACCUGGCGCCUAUGGCCGUGCUCUGUUCAUCUCAGUGGCUGGAAUGAAACUGCUUCGUUCGUCGUUCUGUGUGCCGUGUCAGCAAUACGUCACCCUGUGCUUCACCGCGCUCUUCUUCCAAUUUGACUACCCUCGCUUUUCCCAGACCUUCCUCCUUGACUACUACUGCAUGUCCAUCCUCUUCAGCAAGCUGUGGGAUCUGCUGUAUAAGCUGCGAUUCGUGUUGACCUACAUUGCACCUUGGCAGAUCACAUGGGGCUCUGCGUUUCACGCCUUUGCACAGCCCUUUGCCGUUCCCCACUCGGCCAUGCUGUUUGUGCAAGCUGUCUUUUCAGCGCUGUUUUCUACUCCUCUUAACCCUGUAUUGGGCAGUGCAGUGUUUGUCACCUCUUACACUCGCCCUGUGAAAUUUUGGGAGAGAGACUACAACACUAAACGGGUGGAUCAUUCGAAUACACGUCUGGCCACCCAGCUUGACCGCAACCCUGGUGCUGAUGACAAUAACUUGAACUCGAUCUUCUAUGAACAUCUGACGCGCUCCCUGCAGCACUCCCUAUGUGGGGACCUUCUGCUGGGCCGCUGGGGUAACUACAGCACAGGAGACUGUUUCAUCCUGGCCUCAGACUACCUCAAUGCUCUCGUACACAUCAUUGAGAUCGGCAACGGCCUUGUCACUUUCCAGCUCCGAGGCUUGGAGUUCAGGGGUACAUACUGUCAGCAGAGGGAGGUGGAGGCGAUUACUGAAGGGGUGGAGGAGGAUGAAGGCUGUUGCUGCUGUGAGCCAGGUCAUCUCCCCCACAUGCUGUCCUUCAAUGCUGCUUUUGGCCAACGCUGGUUGGCCUGGGAGGUAGCUGCCACUAAAUACGUGCUGGAAGGCUACAGCAUCAGCGACAACAAUGCAGCCUCCAUGCUUCAAGUCUUUGACCUGCGCAAGAUUCUCAUUACGUACUAUGUCAAGAGUAUCAUCUACUACGUCACCCGCUCACCCAAACUGGAAGAGUGGUUGGCGAACGAGUCGGUGCAAGAUGCGUUACGGCCCUGUCUUAGUCCAUCAUAUGUGGACAGUGACCCCACCUUCAACCUGAAUAUAGAUGAGGACUACGAUCACCGUGCAUCCGGCAUCACCCCCUCUUCUUUCUGCCUCGUGUACCUGGAGUGGAUCAAAUACUGUAACAGUCGCAGACAAACGCCGGUCGAGAGCGAGAAAGAUUCCCCUCUUGUCACACUUUGUUUUGGAUUGUGUAUUCUGGGCCGCCGAGCUCUGGGAACCGCCUCACACAGCAUGUCGGCAAGCUUGGAGCCGUUUCUCUACGGCCUUCACGCUCUGUUCAAGGGCGAUUUUCGUAUCACUUCUCCCAGAGACGAGUGGGUUUUUGCAGACAUGGACCUGCUGAACCGGGUGGUAGCUCCAGGCGUACGGAUGUCCCUCAAACUUCACCAGGAUCACUUCACAUCUCCUGAUGAAUAUGAGGACCCAGUGGUGCUGUAUGAUGCCAUCACAGCUAAUGAAGAGAAGAUGCUUAUCUCUCAUGAGGGUGACCCUGUGUGGCGAAGCGCCAUCCUGGCAAACAUGCCAUCUCUGCUGGCUCUCCGCCACGUCAUGGACGACGGCAGUGACGAAUACAAGAUCAUCAUGCUGAACAAACGCUUCCUCAGCUUCAGAGUUAUUAAGGUGAACAGAGAGUGUGUGCGUGGGCUGUGGGCCGGUCAGCAGCAGGAGCUGGUCUUCCUGCGAAACCGAAACCCUGAACGUGGUAGCAUCCAGAAUGCCAAGCAAGCCCUGAGGAACAUGAUUAACUCGUCCUGUGAUCAGCCUAUCGGAUACCCCAUCUACGUGUCCCCACUCACCACCUCCUAUGCCGGGGCCCAUGCUCAGCUGCGCUCAGUUUGGGGAGGACCUAUCAGCCCUCACAACAUUUACACUUGGUUCAUCAGUAGCUGGGACAGACUCCAGAAGGGGUGUGGUGCCGGUUGUAACAGUGGGGGUAAUAUUGAGGAUUCAGACUGUGGUGGUGGAUCAACCUCCAUUAGUAAUAACCCUGCAGUUCAUCCACCCCAGAGCACAGCAUCCAGCUUCACUCAGGCUCAUCCUACCACUGUACAGCCUUCACUAGGAACUGACAACCCCGUUGGACCUUCCUGGCCUUUGCAUCCCCAGCCACUCCCACUUGCCUUGCUCAGCCAAUCAGAGGGCAGGAUGGAUGCAGGAUUGGUUAGCUCCAUGCAUCGAACCGCUUCCAUCCAUGGGCUUUUGGGACAACAUCUUUCUAGCUCCCAGCUGUCUUUCAGUGGCUCAGUGGCUCUACCGCCUGCAGACCGCUUUUGCCCCAGUAGUCUGCAGGACAACCCAAGCCACAGGACAUCUCAGAGGGGUAUGAGUCUGGGUCACGGCAGCGGGCUGCCCUAUGAGGCCCUGUACAGCAAAUGGAGUCUGCCCGGGAGGAAGGGAUUUAAUGGACCUGCUGCGAUGGAAGGGGACUUCUCAGUUUCACAGAGCGUACGCAUACAGCCUUCACAGCCACCCCUUCCUGUCCCGCCCUCUGAUAUCAGCCCAACACUGGAUCCAAUGGGAGUUGCCGUACCUACAGAGACCACACCCCUUACGCCAGACCCACCCAGUGCACAGGAUGAGUCAACAGAACUGCCUUUACUUGACCACCUUCGCUGAACCUGCACAGAGACUAACCUGCACAGCUAGACCAGCACAGCCGGGAUCAGAUCAGCUGGAAGGAAUUUUCCAGUACAGAAUCCCGUUAAGGAUCAUUGGGUCUUAUCUGCAUAUUUCUAGAUGUGUUCUGGAAAUAUUCUUUCUGGUCUCGUCUCGUUGAACUAAGCUCCCGUUAGGCUUCUAUUGGCCACUGUUUUGGUCACGAGGCUCAUAAGCCAAAAUAAGUAGCCUGUCAGUGCAAUGUUAAGGGAUUUUAAUUCAAUAUUUUUUAUAAGUAGAGGGUUGUGUCGUCUAAAUAAAUGCAAAACCAUGGCCUGUAUCAAAAAGGGAACUCUCCUCUUUUCUGUAGCAGCCUUAAAAUCAUCCAAGCUUUUUUCCUUUCCCCCAAAGCACCAAGUCUACGUGUUGCUUUUUCUCGAUUUCUAAUUAAAACCCAGAGCUUUUUGCCACAUCAGCCUUUCAGGUCCACAGGAACUUUUGAUUUAAUUCGUCCUCACUUAGCCUCCAUAGCUCACACAUUCCAGAAAGACAUUGGGGUGCAGCAUGGGGGCGGUCCAUCAGAUGCAUGCAUAUCACGUGAUCUCACUCGUAAACGACCCACAAUCACAGUUUUUGCGAGCUUCAGGGAUAAGACUUGAACAUGCACAGAUUUUCCCUCUGCUGGUGGUGCUUUUGAGUUCUGGGAUGGGAAAAAAAUGGAAGACCACAGAAUUGUCAUCAAAAACAAACCUAUAAGAGGAGAUUAUAUGGGUAAUUCGUUUUUUUAUACAUCACACAAAAUCAAAGAUGACCUUUCCUUCUGAUCGCAACCCAAACAUGCUCUCUAUGCCAUAUGGUGAGGGCCUUUGGCUUCCCAUUGGCUCCCCCGCUUGCAGUUUGUCUCCCUCUAUUGCAAUACUACUGCUACUGCACCACUCCUCUACUACUAAUCGAACUAACCAAACUACUGCUCCUUUGACUUCUAAACUCCAGCGUUUUAGUUGGAAAAACUUGGCGGGGAUUAAAAAGACAAAGAUAACGUAUUUAUUUAAUUACUGAUCUCAAAUGGAAAUGGAGCGUGUAGCUUUGUGCGUUGGACGAGAUGCUCUGAUUUCAACUGUAACCCCGCCCCAUUUUUGGAUCGAGCCAAUGAGAGAAGUUUAUCACCUUGCUGUUCUUGUUACAUUUUGUGUGCGUGCGUGUGUGUGUGUGUGUUAUACAACUGGAAAGUGAAUGUCUUGUGUCAUAUAUCUGCUGUUUAUGAAUGGGUAGAAGUUCAGAUUGCCUGCUGUUGGAAGCAUGGCACUUACUGCCUCUACAACAACAAACAUAUCAGAUCCUUGCAGUCAAAUCCUCGUGACAACUGACAUCAUGCCACAGUGUAUCUUAAACAGGUUGUGGUAUAAUUCGAUCUUCUUUAUAAAGUGGUUUAGAGAUUUAAAGCAUUUAAUUUUCUAGCGUGAAAUGAUUGACACGGCCCAGCUGUGAUCUGAAAUGGGUUGCAAAAGGGCUGCCAUGAAAAAAUGGUGCCUUAUAAAUUGACAAACAAUGUCUUGGUGUAAACAAAGGGUUUAGGAAUCUUCGCUAUAGUUUUAAUACUGCUACCAGUUGGUUUGUCUGCUGUUCGGUUUUAUUUUUUAUUAGACCCAUCCCAUAUAGUUUUCAAAAUGGAUAUAAAUCUGUUUUGUGUGUUUAUGUCUGAUAGUGUGUGCUGUUAGCCCUUCUUCAUUUAUUGCCAUCAUCAUGUUCACUUUUUCAUACUCGCUUAAACCACCGACAUUAAUGCGUUAUAACACUGAUAUAAAUAUAUAGUAUAGUAUAGAGUUGCCAUUCUGCCCAUCACACAAAGGCUGAAAUCACAAGUUGUUUGAACACUAGAUGGAAAGUCUGAUCGCAAUCACCAUACACAAUCUAUGCUGUCUCAAAUCUCUAAACUUGGGUCAUUUAUGGCUCCUCCAGUGGACUUUCACAGCUGUCGAGUGCUUGGCUUAAAUCAGGAUUGGGUGGAGGCUGAUCAAUCUCUCGGUCUCUUCCCAUCAGAACCAUUUCUCUGGGUUUCUUUUACCUUUAGGGUGUUUCCAAAGCAACAGGGAGUACUUCUCUUUACUUGGAGAAAGCACAAUUUACUGGAUAGUCUUGGGUGUCAGUGAUUUAAGGGAUCUUACCAAUCUCUGCCAUAUAUGUACAGCAUGUUUUGUAUAUAAAUAUAUUUAAAGUAUAUAUAUAUAUAAAUCUAUUUUAUUAUUAUUGGAUUUCUGGUUAUUUUUCAAUGGAAGUCACUACUUUGAGUCUUAGGGGAGCCAUGCUUCAGUGUAUCUGUGCUUGUCGAGAGCUCGGAUUUGCUCUCAGCAUGGAUUCGUGAAGUUUGGAGAAUGAAUCAGUUAAAACUGCUUUUGCACAACUAUUGUAAAAUAGUACACCAUCUUGUUUUUUUUUUCCGUUUGUUUUUUAGUUAAACGGGGGAUUGUUUUAUUUAAGAACUGUUAUUCAAUAUUCAAAGUUAUGUACAGUUUUUUAUGUGAUUCUUUUCGCCCCUCCUAUUUAAAUUAAAGCUUUUUGUGUCAUUGUUUGCAAAA